GGCAGUCCAGGGUUCACCACAUCCAGAAACCAUGAAAAUCACAGUUGUCUUUCUGCUAGUAGCUGUCGGCUGCUACUUCAAUCCUGCAUCAGCCAACUGCAUGAGCCGCUGUGCUAAAAGUUGCUGGCAGCCUCAUGUUACUGAUUUUAAAUGCCUACAAAUGGCCUUGGUAAGAAAUCAGCUUGCAACUGGUAAUGCUAUGGGCAAUGUCUUAUGUGCAUAUGACCGGUGUAAGGCAACGAAAAAUAAAAUGGAACUUGUAAGGGCUCUAAGAAACCUUAAGGAAGUCACUCAGUGUACCCUUGACAACAUUCUCGGCAAUGAUUUUACAAUUAAGGAAUUGAAUGCUGAUGUGGACAGUAUUCUGCAGUAUCUGCUGAGGACUGUGGCUGACUUACUGAAUGGGAUGAAUGUUGAAUCUCUCUCCACACCACUCUGUGGACCACUGAAACCUCUGCUAACAAAAGUGACCAGAAUGCUGUAUAUACUUGGUAUCCCCAGCCUUGAUGGACGAAUACAGAAUGUUGCUAUGAUAAAUGGAGGAAAACGCCUGUUUAAGACUGUAGCAGUUAGGUCUCCAGGACUUUUAACUUAUUUGUUAGAAUUGCUUCUGGGACCAGGAUCUACUCUUACAGAUUUGAUGGGAUUGAUUGGUGGAUUAACAGAAGGGGUUGGUAAAACCGUUAAAGAAUUGACUUCAGGAAUUGGAGAUUUUACAGAAACGCUUAGUGGUGUAACAGAAGGUGUUGGUAAAACUCUUGGAAGCUUGACUCCUGAGGUUGGAGGUGUGACAGGAACAGUUGGUGGUAUAACAGGAGGGCUUGGUAAGAAUGGUGGAGGGUUGACUUCAGGGGUUGGAGAAGUGUCAGGGAUGCUUGGUGGUGUAACAGGAGGGAGUAUUGGAGGAUUAACUUCUGGACUUACUGGGGCAACAGAUUUAGUUGGUGGACUCACUGGUAGCCUGGUAGACUCAGGGGUGACAGAAAUGCUUGGUGAUGUUGCAGAAGGAAUUGGAGAUACUGCUGCAGAAUUGACGAAUACACUUGGUGAAGCAACCAAUGGGCUUGGGGGUGUAGUUGGAAUACUUAAUACGGUGCCAGAGGUUACUAAAGCUGUGAGUGGACUCACUGGUGAGGUUGUUAAAACUGUUGAAUCUGUAGCUAAUGGCCUUGUUAGUCCUUCAGGUGUAGUUGGUGGUCUGACUGGUAUACUUGGGACAGGAUUACUUGGUGGAACAAAUAAGUCAGGUUUUUCGACAACUGAAAGUUUAGGUAAUAAAAAUCUUCUUGGUAAUGAUGUUGCAGAAGGAAUUAAAGAUACUGCUGCAGAAUUGACGAAUACACUUGGUGAAGCAACCAAUGGGCUUGGGGGUGUAGUAGGAAUACUUAAUGCGGUGCCAGAGGUUACUAAAGCUGUGAGUGGACUCACUGAUGAGGUUGUUAAAACUGUUGAAUCUGUAGCUAAUGGCCUUGUUAGUCCUUCAGGUGUAGUUGGUGGUCUGACUGGUAUACUUGGGACAGGAUUACUUGGUGGAACAAAUAAGUCAGGUUUUUCGACAACUGAAAGUUUAGGUAAUAAAAAUCUUCUUGGUAAUGAUGUUGCAGAAGGAAUUAAAGAUACUGCUGCAGAAUUGACGAAUACACUUGGUGAAGCAACCAAUGGGCUUGGGGGUGUAGUAGGAAUACUUAAUGCGGUGCCAGAGGUUACUAAAGCUGUGAGCGGACUCACUGGUGAGGUUGUUAAAACUGUUGAAUCUGUAGCUAAUGGCCUUGUUAGUCCUUCAGGUGUAGUUGGUGGUCUGACUGGUAUACUUGGGACAGGAUUACUUGGUGGAACAAAUAAGUCAGGCUUUUCAACAACUGAAAGUUUAGGUAAUAAAAAUCUUCUUGGUAAUGAUGGAAUAGCUAAUUCUGGUGGAGAGUUGACAGGGGGAGCAGCUGGCAGAAUUUCUGCAAGACCUGAUUUAAGACGUGAAAACAGUGUGUUAACAGCUCAACAAAAUGCUGCUGCUUCUGGAAGUCUUCGUGUUGAUGCUUCUGGAGGAUAUAAUAGAUUUAAUGCUGAUACAUCUGGAGGUCUUCUGCAAGGUGGAGCAUUUAAAACAGGAGGUAGUGCUGGUGGACUCCUUGGUGGUUCACUCACUCGAAAAUUCAACUCACUGUUCCAGAAGUAAACCUGAGAUGAAGAAAUGGUUUUCCAGUUCAUCAGAGAUCAUAUUAUUACAGCAAAUUACUUUAUUGCAUGAUCUACAAUCAAACUUAAUUUCCGAUGCUGUAGUUGACGGAUCUAAUUACUGGAUUAUGUGAAAGUGAUUAAUUAAAUAUGUGAUAAAUAAAA